UCCGCGAAGGUGAUCUCAACCUGCCGAGAUUCCGGAACGUUCGCCCUUACAUUCGAUGAUGGCCCGUAUAUUUAUGAAAACGAAGUGUCGGACUUUCUAAGCUCGCGUGGAAUCCACGGAACCUUCUUCAUCAAUGGUUACAAUUAUGACUGCAUCUAUGAUCAAAACAUUGUCGACCAAUUGAGACACACAUUUUCGCAAGGACAUCUGAUUGGAUCGCAUACAUGGUCACAUCCCGACAUCACGACCUUGUCAGCUGCCGACUUCAACAUCCAACUUGACUUAGUUGAGACUGCGAUGAAAAAAAUACUAGGGGUCAAGCCGAGAUACUUCCGACCACCUUUCGGUAGGAUCAACGAUGAAAACCUCCAGAUCCUGAACAGCCGAGGAUACAAAGUGGUUACUUGGUCAUUCGACUCGGGUGACUCGACCGGAGCUUCAACUACCACCUCCGAUCAAGCUUAUGAUGAAAUUUCCAAAUCAUUCCCCACCCCACAAAUAGCGCUCAAUCAUGAAACACACGAAACCACCGCUUCUGAAGUGUCUCAACACGCUGUCCAAGUUUUGCAGAAGGCUGGAUAUCGGUUAGUCAGUGUCUCUGAAUGCUUGGGGUCUGGUCGAAGUCAGGAUGAUUACUAUCAGGACAUCGGAGAACCUGAGCAGCGUGACGUAAGC